AUGAUGAGAGACUCGGAGCGGCCCGAGCUGGAAGACGUGGCCGAGGAGGAGGACGUGCUCGCUGGGCUGGAACACUCCAGGAGCGCACAGGAGUCCGGUGUCUCUCAGGUACCCAAACAGAAAGAGCUGAAGGGGGCUGAGCAGCAGCUGGCGGUAUCCCAGAUGGAGGCAGAGUUCGUGCAGCUGACCUUCAGGAAGCAGGUGUCUUACAG